GGCUGGGCGGCCCCCGCCGGCGCACAGCCCCGGUGCCUCGCCAUGGUGCUGCCGGGGGAGCAGGCCCGGCUCUACCCGCCGCGGCCCGAGCUGCUGCCCGCGGCCCACGUCCCCUCGCUGCCCCACUACCAGCGCCUGUACCAGCGCUCCGUGGAGGAGCCGCACGAAUUCUGGGGGGACAUCGCUAAAGAGUUCUACUGGAAGCGUCAGCACACGGGACCCUUCCUGAAGUACAACUUCGAUGUGACCAAGGGGAAGAUCUUCAUCGAGUGGAUGAAAGGAGCGACCACCAACAUCUGCUACAACCUCUUGGACAGAAAUGUCAAUGAGAAGAAGCUUGGGGACAAAGUUGCUUUUUAUUGGGAAGGGAAUGAACCUGGGGAUUCCACGAAGAUCACCUACCGUGAGCUGCUGCACAAAGUGUGCCAGUUUGCCAAUGUCCUCCGCAGCCAAGGGGUGAAGAAAGGAGACAGGGUUUCCAUCUACCUGCCAAUGAUCCUGGAGCUGGUCAUAGCCAUGCUUGCCUGUGCCAGGAUUGGAGCUCUGCACUCUGUUGUGUUUGCAGGUUUCUCUGCAGACUCCCUUUGCGAGCGGAUCCUUGACUGCGGUUGCUCUCUCCUCAUCACGGCAGAUGCUUUUUAUCGAGGGGACAAGCUGGUCAACUUGAAGCAGAUUGCAGAUGAAGCCAUCCGGAAAUGUAUAGACAAGGGAUCCUCUUUGAAAAAGUGCGUCGUGGUGAAGCACCUGGGCAGGGAAGAGGUAGCAGUGGACGGGACCUGCAGCAAGUCUCCUCCUCUGAAAAGGCUGUGCCAGGAAGUGCAGACCCCCUGGAACCCAGCCAUGGACACGUGGUGGCAUGAGCUGAUGUGUGGUGCCAGCACAGAGUGUGAGCCCGAGUGGUGCGACGCCGAGGACGAGCUCUUCAUCCUCUACACGAGCGGCUCCACUGGAAAACCCAAGGGUGUGCUGCACACCAUGGGUGGGUACAUGAUUUUUGCUGCCACCUCCUUUAAAUACGUGUUUGAUUACCAACCUGAGGAUGUGUACUGGUGCACGGCUGACAUUGGAUGGAUAACGGGCCAUUCCUACCUCACCUACGGCCCCCUGGCCAACGGGGCCACCAGCGUGUUGUUUGAAGGUGUCCCCACCUACCCAGAUGUUGGCAGGAUGUGGAGCAUCAUUGACAAGUACAAGGUGACCAAGUUCUACACAGCACCCACGGCCAUCCGGCUGCUGAUGAAGUAUGGCGAGGAGCCUGUCAAAAAGCACAGCAGGAAGUCCCUGAAGGUGCUGGGGACCGUGGGUGAGCCCAUCAACCCCGAGGCCUGGCUGUGGUACUACCGUGUGGUGGGAGAGGAGAGGUGCCCCAUUGUGGACACCUUCUGGCAGACAGAGACGGGAGGCCACAUGCUGACACCCCUUCCUGCUGCCACCCCCAUGAAGCCAGGCUCUGCCACAUUCCCCUUUUUUGGUGUGGUCCCUGCCAUCCUGAGCGACUCGGGGGAAGAGCUGGAAGGAGAAGCAGAAGGUUACCUGGUGUUCAAGCAGCCCUGGCCAGGGAUCAUGCGCACACUCUACAGAAAGCACCAGCAGUUUGAAACCAUUUACUUCCAGAAGUUCCCCGGGUACUACGUGACCGGAGAUGGUUGCAGAAGAGAUAAAGAUGGUUAUUACUGGAUCACAGGGCGAAUUGAUGACAUGUUGAAUGUUUCUGGCCACUUGCUGAGCACGGCGGAGGUGGAGUCAGCCCUGGUGGAGCACCCCGCGGUGGCCGAGGCUGCCGUGGUCAGCCACCCCCACCCCCUGAAGGGAGAGUGCCUCUACUGCUUUGUGACCCUGAGAGAGGGCUAUGAGUUCAGCAAGAGCCUCACAGAUGAGCUCAAAAAACAAGUCAGAGAAAAAAUUGGGCCCAUAGCAACACCUGAUUACAUCCAGUACGCCCCCAGCCUGCCCAAAACCCGCUCAGGAAAGAUCACCAGACGGAUAUUGAGGAAGAUUGCCAAAAAUGACCAAGAUCUGGGGGACAUCUCCACCUUGGCAGACCCGGGCAUCAUCACACAGCUUUUCGACAGCAGAUGUGACACUAAGCAGUAGCAGCAGGACCUGUUCCUGCUGAGCAGAACAGUGGCAGUGGCAUCUGAUGAGCAGGUCCCUCCAACAGCCACUGCCUGCCCAGGAAGGAAACCUUCACCUGUUGAAUUGAAUGUACCAAUGGUAGGAACGAGGAGAGUCUGGCUCUGGAGAGGCCGUGUCCAUGCCCUGGAUGAGGUGUCUGUCAUGUUCCAGAUGGAUGUCACACAUCUGAGGGUCAGCCUGGUGCACAGAGGGACUCAUCCUCCUCCUUUUUCAG